AUGCGAGUAGAGCUUGACUGGGGCCAGCUAGAGCGAGACAAACCGGUUACCAAUAUGAACCAAGGGGGUGUCGCAGGGUUUCGCCCUGGGCUGAGGCUCAAGACCAUCUCGCACGACCAUGAUGAUAGACAUGAACAGCACGCCAACAACGAUGUAUAUAAAGAGCUUGCGCCGAAUGAGCCACAGCCGCAAAACCAGGAGUUAUCCAACGAUCCACCGCAGGAGCCAGAAAGCAUGCCGCAGAGCGAGCGUCCAGACUUGUCGAGAUUACUCCGCAUCAGCAGACGACCCAUGGAGGUGUUUCUGAGGGGUAAGUACAAGCAGCAGUCCUGCCAGAAGCACUCCGAAAGGCCUGUCCCCGAUUUUUUACCACCAGAUAUGGCCCAGCUUUUCAGAACGAAGCAGUACGCCGAGUUAUACCGCAGGCUCGAGUCGGUGUCUCUGACGCCACUCGAGCUGGAACAGCUGCUUCUCAUGUCUGGCAACUACACCUUCAUCUACAAAAUGGUACAGAGAUUUCGCAACGUUUUCGACUACGCCGGCUUGAGCAUUGCAUUUCUCGAGCGCCUGCUUCUCGUCCUGUACAUGAACUUCGACUACACAGAGUUUGAACGCAUAUUCAGCAUCUACCUGAGUCGUGUUGACGACCCCGAUCCCGACGCUUUCCGGCUAGCUCUACGUGUGUAUCUGCGCACAGAAAACGUGAGCGUGGCCACGCAGAUAUUUAAUCAGACAGUUAUGUCAUGCAGAGAAUUGUCCGCCGACAUUCUGGACUCGUACCUAAAAGACCUGCAGCAGACCACGUCCAAUCCGUCGCUCUGCUAUAUGGCAUACCGGUUGUGGCACUCCAGAGGCCACAGCAUCCACUUUCGCACGCGGGUCCUAAUAUACAAGAUAAUGAUGCGCCACGGUACACGAGAACAAGAAAAAUGGGUUAUACAGCAUAUGGAAGACACGAAAAGCCACAAGGUGUGGUUCCUGGACGAGCUGGACGAAAUCGAAACUGGGCGACAGGCCCGCGAAUACAUCUCGACUGUCUAUGUGGAAUGGGUUGAGCGUUUAGAGCCCGAGGAAUGUGAGUGCUUCCGCAAGGAGUGCAUAGACAUGUUGAUGAGAGUUGGAGAGGUCUCGCUGGCCAGGCGAGUGCUCGAGGACGCUGCGAGCGAUGCGGAGUUCAAAAACCUGCUCCGCAGAGUCUUAUGGUGGAUUCAGCGCGACGGACAGCCCGAGGUGUACGCGGAGCUUUUGCUCAAGGUAGCCAGGGAAGCCGGCCUGGAGUUCCAGGAGGAUUAUUUCUAUAACUUGUGGAAAACCUACGUGGCAGCAUACCCCAUGAUCCGCACGCCUAUCACGCGGAGAUUUGUGCAGGAGCUGGAGAGCAGCGACAACUUCUCGCUCCAACGGCUUGCGCACGUGAUCAGGCUCGACGAAAAAACCGGCAAGCACCGUCUCUUGCGCAGGAGCAUAGUGGGGGACCGGGCAGAGCCCGUGCUGCCGCGGAUGAAGGCGAUCGACAGCCGGAUGCGCAACGGGAUCUGGCCGCACAAGGGCAUUUUGACGACGGCACUAAAGACGUCGCGGUCCAUCGAGGAAGUCGAGCAGCUGGUGAAUUUUAUACGCAGCAACCCGAAAAUCGCCAGCUUGGACGAGCCGUCGCUCAAGAUGCUGGUUUUUCUCAAACGCAAGACUCUCAGCCCGAAAUUCCGCCUCGGCACCUUCAAGUUCCUCUCGUCGAUCGUGGAGGGGUACCGCGACUCGCUGACCGUUUCAGACUACACGAACAUGCUGCUGGAUGCCGUCAAGUUCCAUAACCGCGAGUUUGGCAUGGUGGUCAUGGACAGGAUGACCGGGGUCUCGCCACGCAGCAACACCGAGCUUCUGAGGGCUGUGUACGCUAUAAUCAAGUUCUAUCUUGAGCAAGGGCGUCUGGACCUUGCGAUCGAUAUCCUAGAGCAACUCAAGAAGGACAAGACGUUUUACCCCACGGACCUUUUCAUGCGCAACACCAAAUCCAUCUGUGAGUUAUACGCCCAUAACCUCGACGUGCAAGACAGCGACGAGAUCAGACAGAACCUUGUUAUAUACCUCGAGCACACGAUCAACGUGCUACGGAACCAGUACGACCACGUCAGCACGCAGCACAUGCGCAAACUCGACGAGUAUCUAGAGAAAAUUGGCCGCUGGAGGGAACUUGUACAAAGAUAG